CUUCGCGAGGGCGGUACCAGCGAGACGCGCGGGGCAGAGCGUCCCCCUCCCCCCGCCGCCAUCAUCGAGGAGCCGGAGCGGCGGCGGCGGCGGCCGGAGGGGCCGGGGACGGCGGCCAUGACGUCAGCAUCCACUAAAUUUGCCGUUCCAGGUCGGGGAGAUUUUCUCGGCCGCCGGCGCCGCCUUCACUCGGCUGGGGGAGCUGACGAUGCAGCUGCACCCGGGGACCGACAGCUCCCCCGCGGGGUCCCGCUGGACGGAGCCGGAGCUGGCGCUGCUCCGCGGGGCCGUGUCGCGAUUCGGGGAGGACCUGAACCGCCUCAGCGCCCUCAUCAAGGACCGCACGGUGGCGCAGCUGAAGGCGGCGGCCAAGCGCAAAGCCUACGAGGACAGCGGGGUCCCCCUGCCCCCGCCCGGCGCCGACUCCCCCAAAAAGGGACCCCGAAAAAACCCCCCCGGAUCUGGGGGGGCUCCCCACGACCCCCCCGGGCCCCCCGGGAAGAAGCUGAAGGUGGCUGAGCCCCCCCCGAGUGACUCCGACCCCCCCGGGGACCUCGUGGACGUCGAAGGAUUUGGGGACCCCCCCCCCAAGAAGCUGAACUUCGACCAGGCAGCCUGAAGUCGGACCCCCCAAAGGACCCCCAAGACCCCCCCCAAAA